AUGAGUGUCAUCACUGCGACUUCGCAACAGCCCCCCGUGCCCUUUGGCAAUACCGUGGCCGUCUCUGACUACGCCAUGGCGAUCGAGGACAUCUCUCCGAGAAGAAGCUCGUCGGCGUCCGCUUCCUCAUAUUCGACCAACUAUACCACCUCCUACAGCACCACGCCACCUACCGUAUAUUCGCCUACCUCACCAAGAUCCCCUUCAAGCCGAGCAUUCAAACAGCAGGUCGCUCCUCCGCCAACGCCAACUAUUCCUACUUCUUUUCUGUCACGACAACCCUAUGAACCUGCCGUCGGGUCCCUGCCCCCUGCUAUUUAUAAUUGCAUAUUAAACCAACUACAAGACUUGCACGAAGCACCCGAGAACUACCAGUACGGCUGCACGACGUGUUUCCAGCGAGAUCUACAUGCCUUGGCCCUCACAAGCCGGACUUGGGAGAGGGCCGUGAGGAGUAAACUAUACAACCGAAUUCAUAUCCUUGGAGCAGAUUCACCCGCCCAAUUAAAGAAAUAUCGACUCAAGCGAGGCAGUCGUCUGAAGUUACUACGACGGACCCUGCGAGAAAGAAAACUACUAGCCAACCUCGUCUUUGACCUGCGUGUUCCCGACUUGGAUCUUUCACCAACGGUCAACGGCAAGGCGAACCAGCAGUGGGAAGAUUACCGCAACCUAGUCGCCUCCGUCGUCAUGGUCUGUCCGAAUUUGGAACGUUUGAUUGGGUUCAAUAUGAUCUAUCAUCACGAGUUUGAUCGUCUGACUUAUGCCUUGUCUACACGGAAACGUCUCAAAGAACACCAAUGGCUCCUUGGAGAACCAAUUGACACCACCUCUAGUAACGCUGGUGAAAACUCCAAGUCCACGUCAACAUCAUCGCUAACGAAGAUAACGAAGACGUUAGAGCCUCAACAAGCAUCUGAAUUCCUCGACUAUCACUCGUCUUGGAGCAAAAUGGAAACUUUGAUGCUACAUUCAAUGAACGCGGGCGGCGUUCUCGAACAUGGCAUAUUCCUGAGGAUCUUCAACCGUCUUCCCGCCCUUCGAAAUUUGUGCAUCUCUUCCUUUGAUGCCGACAUGUUCACUGAUCGCACUUUGCAAUUCCUUCCGCCGCUCGAGUCGCUCCGCCUAGAGAACCUGAGAGGUGUCACCGAUGGAGGUAUAGCGCAAUACAUUUCGCGGCCAGAGGCCCGCUCACUCCGGUCUUUGACAUUAAUUGAGCAGAACAUCGGUUCUCUGCUAGUUAUUUCAAAAAUAUUUACGUCCCUGAGGAUGCUCGAGCGAUUUAGCCUGGUGCAAUCCAUGCGGACGCCUGUUCUCCCAUCAGCGGCCAUGGUUUUUCAACCGAUUCUUGCUUCGGCGACCUUGAAAUAUCUACAUUGGGAUGUUACCGGACCAGAUUCCGCAGCUGGACUCGGAAAGCUGGUUGACUCCUUACCAUUUGUGAUCCCACAUAAGCCUUAUGACUCGCCCAAUUUCCAUCUGGCCCAAAGCAUACUCCAUUCAGGAUUUCCAUCUCUUUCAGAAUUACGAGCACCGUCAGAUAUUGAACCGCCGGGCAUCCUCCAGUCAGUUUGUCGACCUAUACCCCAUGGACAGGCCUUGAUACCAUCAGACCGGUAUAGUCUGCCCCGGAGCUCCAACGGUUCGGUUAGCAUACGCCCCCUGGCGUUGCCAGCUGGGAACAACCUGACGUCUGCGCGUAUCCGGGCUCAGACGUUCAUCGAUAUGGCUGCUAAGGAUAGUGACACGGGCAUGAAAGUGCUUGUCACCGAUCAUUCCGACUCUUACGUCCCAGAUAGUGCUAUGGAAACCAAUGAUUCGGAAGAUGGCUCGGACGAAGAAGAUGAGGAUAUUGACCUCUUUGGAGGUGCCUUCCCGGGCAUGCAAAGUGCAAAUAUAUCAUCCCAAUCCGACCUGGAGAACGGCGUUGAUGGACCAAAGAAAGUAUUUGAAUUUAGAAUGCCAGCAGUGAUGGGCGUAAUACGGGCAAUAAUGCAUGGCAAUGAAGGAGAGAAAAGCUGUUCAAUACCACAUUUCAUUCUUCGACCAGAUAUCCGCGGCUUUGAUUCGGAUGGAGGUUUAUUAGGAUGGAAAAAUGUGCUUGGACUGAUUCAAGGCAUUACUCCCCUCCAGUCAUCGCCUUCGUUCCCUUUAUCGACUAACCCGGACCUUUUGAAACGAAGCGAAAGCGACCUAAGCUCCGACUCUAUUGUAUCACCCACUACACCGUCAACAUCAGCUGCAUCACGCCUAGCAAGCUGGAGCGGAUUUGGCUCUCGCACCUCCUCCAUGGUCACGUCGCCAACAACUCCCACCUACCCCUCAACACCAAACCCAUGUUCCUCCUCGACCGCGGUGGCAAGUAGUGCCCCCUGGGGCAAAGAUACAUGCAAUGGAGCUUGGAAUUCGGGGCAUCCUAAAGACUGGUGGAUGCAUUUUGAGCGUGAACGACAGCAUGCCAUGGAUGUUAUUGAUAUGAAGAAGUUUUUCUAA